AUGGGCAGGAAAAGAAAGGAAAUCAAAGUUGAAGGAGAAGAACCUAUCCCACCUCAGCCUAAGGGUUCGUACUUCAGUUGGAACGAGGCUCUUGAUGGAAUCCUCAUAAAGUGUAUGCUAGAGCUGGUCGAGAAACAUCAAGUGGAGAAUGAGAACUUUAAAGAUGUAGCCUUUACUGAGCUUGAAACUAUGAUGAACCGGAAGCUUCCUGGAUGCGGGGUCAAGGUUGAGCCAAAUAUUCGAUCGAGGCAUAGGAAGCUGAAAAGAGAGUUUAUGGCUGUACAUUUGCUUCGUUCAAAGAGAAAACAAGGAUGGGAUGAACUGACUCUCACCCCAAUGAUAGAUGAUGAUGUGUUUGCUGAUCUGUUAAAGGUGCAUCUGAACAUCAAGAACCUCAACAAAAAGCCUUUUCCACACUAG